AAGUGGCCUCCCAGGUGAAUCCCGGAAUAAAAAUCCCCGGAAAAAAAAUCCCCAGAAAUAAAAUCCCCGUUAAAAAAUCCCCGGUAAAUAAAAUCCCCAGAAAAAAAAUCCCCGGAAAAAAAAUCCCCAAAGCAACUAUUUAAAAGCGGAAUGACUAUAAUACUACCAAUAUAUAACUUGACUAACUCACUGGACACUCUCUGAUAAACGUUGAGCCUGAACAAUGAUAGAUCGAGGCUUGCAAUUUACACGGUACAUUCGUACUACAAAUUUAGUGUGCAAUAAGAAAGCAUUUUACAGAUAAAAAAGGUUCGCGGGCCGCUAGUUGGGUGGGCCUUGGCAUAGAGCAAUAAAAUUUGAAAUUGGGAAAAUACAAGUCAAAAUAACUCAAAAUACGUAAUAUUUGGUAUCUAUACGUUAUUAUAACGGUUACGGUUAGUACAUCUUCAGUUCCUAUUAAGUAACUUUGAUUUGUGUGACUGUGCGAGGCCGUAAUUGUCCGGCUAUGGAAAUCAAUGCGACUAUGGAAAUUGUUAAAUCUAACCAAGGGAACUAUAAAAUUUGCUUAAAUGGUUAUACUUAUGUACACCAAAAAGACUGUAAGUUUUUCAAGAGAUGGAGGUGUGCAAAAUAUAGUUCAUUUAAAUGUUUAGCCAUUUUAAAAACAUCGCUUCAAAAUAGUAAUCCAAGGGAGAUCCAUGAACACAAUCAUUCUGCCGAUAAAAAUGCUAUAGCUGCCAUAAAAGUUAAACAAGAAAUAAAAAAUAAAGCUUUAUCCUCAAAUGAUACACCCGGCCAAAUAUUUUCGGAGGUAAUCGGGAAUCUGGAUGUCGAUGUUUUAGCUGAGUUACCCAAGGAAGAAUAUUUAAAACGUAGUAUUAGAUAUCAUCGAAGUUUUCAUAAUCCGAACGAACCUCAAAAUAUCAAAGAAAUUGUUAUUGAUGGUGAAUGGGCAUUAUUGGGUAAUAAUAGACUAUUAUUGAGGGAUAAUGGUCCAGAGGCAUCUGAAAGGAUAAUUAUAUUUGCAACAGAUGAACACUUGCAACUGCUUUCAGAAUCAGAUACUUGGUAUUUAGACGGGAAUUUCGGACUGUCUCCAAAGUUUUUCCUACAGUUAUAUGUAAUACGGGUAAAAAAAAAUAAUGUAUUUGUAACUACGAUUUACUGUAUUUUACAAAGGAAAACUAAAAAUACAUACGUAGAAAUGUUUCAAAUUAUAAUGGAUGAAUGUGCUGAACGAAAUGUAUACCCUGACCCCAAAUGUUUACAUCUCGAUUUUGAAAGCGCAGUUAUUGAAGCAGCUAAAGAAGUAAUUGGUGUCCAUAUUGAUAUAAAAGGCUGCUUCUAUCACUUAUGUCAAUCGACGUUCAGGAAAAUACAAGAAUUGGGCUUUGCUUCGAAAUACCAUAAGGAUGAAGAGUUUCGAAAACAAUGUGGAAUGAUUGAUGCACUUGCAUUCCUUCCAUUGCACCUCGUAGAAGAUGGAAUGAAAUAUUUAAAAUAUAGUUUGCCUGAAAAUCUUAUGGAUUUAUUAGAUUAUUUUGAUUCGUAUUAUGUAAAUGGCAAGUAUCGAAGAAUUGGAAACGACGAAAAUAACAUGAGGUUUCGAAAACUGCCACCAAUGUUCCCACCAGCUGUGUGGAAUGUAAAUAAAACCACCCUCAAUGACUGCCACAGAACCAACAACAUCGUUGAAGGGUGGAAUAAUAGGUUUUCCAAACUAGUUGGUCAAAAACAUCCUACAAUGUGGAAACUUAUUAGGAAAAUUAAAAAUGAAAUUGACGCCGAUCGAGCACAGUUAGCAUUGGAUGCUUUAGGUGAACCAAGACGUACAAAAAGAGGACAAAAUCAAACAAUAAAAAUCCGCUUGAAAGAGUUAGUUAUAAGACAAAGUGAAGAUAAAUUAAGCAUUGGAGACUUUUUGACAGCUGUGUCUAACAAUAUAAGAAAACGAACAGACUGA